AUGGGUGUUUUAAGUCUGAACGUGGUCUCCUCGGAGCGAGGCGUCAAAAAGACAAUGCAAUUUGAGCCGAGCACACUUGUCUUCGACGCAGCCAAACUCAUUCGAGAAAAAUUCAAUAUGAACGAUAUUAACCGUAUGUUUUCAGGGUUUUAAAGUAAUAUAUAAUGGUUUACUUGAUAUUUUAUGUUUGGAAUUAUUUCACUUCGUUUUUUUGAAUGUAGUGAAAUCCUUUGUCUUUUUAAGAAAUGGUUUUUUUCAUCCAGAUUUUUUUGGAACCUAAGAAUUAGCUGACCGCUAGGGUAAAUUUCAACUGCGUCUUAUAGAAACUUUUUCCAACUUUUUGUUUAACAUUUUCUUCGUUUUGAAUGUAAUUGAGUAAGUUAUAUAAAUAUAUCGUAGAAACUGAAUCAGGGAAACAAAGAUAUAAUGAGUGAAAUAGUGUGAAAUAAAAACCAGAAACGAAAAAAAAAGUCGGAAAAAGAUUCAAACUUUUGUCGUCGGAACCUUAUCUGGUGUGAUGAAAAAAAAAAAAGCAAAAAUGGUCAUUUUUUGUUGUUACAAAUUAAGAAACGAAUGAAACUAUCAUGAGAAAUUGAAAAAAUGUGUCUUUUAAUAAAUUGAUGCUUUUCAUACAAAAUUGGUCAGAAACUAUUUAAUUUCGAGAUCGAAUGGACACGUGUAUUUUUUUAAACGUUUCAGCAAACGAAUAUGGCCUAUUCCGAAUGGAGGAUGACCCGUCAAAAUGCGUCUGGAUGGAAAACGGACGAACACUUGAGUAUUACCUGGUUCGAAACCAAGACCGCAUUGAAUACAAAAAAAAGAUCCGACUCUUGAAAGUGCGGAUGCUCGACGGCGCUGUGAAGGCGGUUCAGAUUGACGAGAGCCUGCCGGUCAGCCAGCUCAUGCUCACGAUUUGCAACAAAAUCGGCAUAUCGAACUACGAAGAGUACAGUCUGGUGCGUGACGGACCCGGCCUCGUCAACAACGAAAACUCGCAAUCCAACUGGAAUCUGCGAGAGGAGCGCUCCAGAAGUGUCGACGUCGAACGCAGGACGGGAGGGGGCCUGAUGGGCACUCUGGGAAGGCGCAAAGAUCAGAAGAUGGAGGAGAUGCGUCACAAACUUCACACUGACGAGGAGUUGGCUUGGGUCGAGCACGGCAAAACGCUCAGGGAGCAGAACAUCGCCGAUGACGAGACCUUGCUGCUCCGCAGAAAAUUUUUCUUCAGGUCUGAGCCUCACGAAACGUUGAGUUUAGAUAUCAAAUGAGCUAAAACCCUUUUACUCGAAAAUUCCUGUAAGUAGACUCAAAGACUUUCUACAUGAAAAUCUCGCAAAACAUUUUUACUUUUGGUGGUUGAAAAACAAUCUAAUUUGCAAACAGAAAACAGAAAUUCUAGAUCUUUUUUUUUCUUGAAAACUGGGAACAUGUGGAUUUUGAGACUUUGAGGGCUUCAAAACCUAAAAAGCUUUUGUAAAUGGGCUUGGGACCCUUAUUAGCGUCCUUUUUUCAGUAUCCUAAUCAACAAUUUACCCUAAAAAAACUGGUUUUUCUGAGAAAAAUUGGUGAGUUUGUUGCAAAAUAAUCCUUGACGAAUUUGAAAUCAACUUCUGUGCGGCUUUUGUCAGCCUAACACUUCAAAAUGUUCGUCAAUAAUUUUAUGCUCAAUUUUCGAACAGUUGGAAUUUUAACUUCAAGAGCUGCCGAAGUAAUUUCUUUAGGAAACGUUUUUUUUUUCUGACUAUGUUUAUGACUUUCUGCUCCCUUUUAAGCUCAGUUUGAAAGAUUACGUAGGAACGAUGAAAAGUUCUGAAAGAAAUGUUUAAGUGACACGAAUGUGGACAGCCGCGAUCCAGUGCAACUCAACCUUCUUUACGUUCAGUGCCGCGAUGGAGUCUUGAGGGUAAGAGAUCCGAAAGAAAAGAUGUUUAGAGGGAUCAAUCAUCAUCGCACUUCAUCACAUCCCUGGAAGAUAUAUCUUAUUUUAGGAUCUCAAGUCUCCAGUUUUUUUCUAUGACCCCCAGUUAAAAAAUAUUUGAUUAUGGUUAGAAAAAUAUGUGCAAACCAAACUUUAGUUCUUUCUUUUCAAUAAUUUAAGUUGAGUCGAAGAUUUCUUGUUAAUUUGUGAUGAUUGGACGGGCGAAAUUUAGUUUUCCACCAAAUUUGCAAUGUAAAAAAAGCGAAAUCUAAUGAAACGACUAUUGUAAUGCAUUGAUAGGGCCUCCAUCCCGUCAACAAGGAGACCGCCCUGCAUCUCGCAGCGCUUCAGGCUCACAUACAGUACGGCGAUUUCCCGCACGACAAACCAAAGUUCCAAAUAGAGUAGGUUUUUUUUUUCUUAUUAUUGGGAUGAAUAUCAAAAUUGACGCACUCUGAAAAAGAAACCUUCGAAGGUCUGAAAAAUGAGCUCAACGCACAUUUCAUGAUGCGUUUUCUCGGCGAUAAAUGGCCGCGGCUUUGAGAAAAAGCUUUCCCAAAACACCAGCAAAUGCGCUCAAUUUUUAUGCACCAAUUAUAGCUCGCAGUGUCUUUCAGCAGUUUUACUGUCGUUUUUAUUGGUUCCCAUGCAUUUUUAAUAUUUUCGGACGUCUGCAAAGAUUUGAAACUAUGCAAAGUUUUCUUCGGAUUUUCGAGAAUUACUCCAUUCUAAAAAUAAAAAAAUUUUAGAGUUGGAAUAAUUUUGUUUAAAACAAAAACCUAUACAACGAGAUUACGAUUUUUCUUGUUUUUCAAAUUUAAAAAUUAAAUACUUUCUCAACCCCAAAAGGGAGGUCUUCCUCUCGAAAGUUCUUCAGGAAGUAGGCUUUGUAUGUUCUUGUUGAAAAAUCGAAGGUCCUUUGCUUUUCUUUUGCCGUAAAAGGACGGCCAUUGCGGCGGUCCCCAGGGCGAAGAGCGCCAAUUGUGCCUUUUGUGAAUUGUUGAAGUUGUUCAUGCAUGCUUAAUACUCUGCAACGAGAGAGAGGGAGAGAAGAGAAGGGCGCUUUUUCGAGAAAACGAGGGGUUGUCCAUGAAUUUCGUCCAUUUACUCGUACGUAGAGAGCGUGGCGUGUGUGCCUGAUUCGAAUCGGUCAUGCGCGACUCCAUGUACUAGAUUUACCUCGAUUAUUAUUUUCCAAUCGUUGGUUUUUGCAGCGGCCGCGAUCUCCUGCCCAAAGAGUACGCAAAGAACAAAGAAAAUGAGAAAAAAGUCGUUCAGGUUUAUUUCCCCCAGAAAACGCCUGUUUCAAUCUUUCCCUUGCAGUUUUACAAAGAGCUUACGGGAACGCAGGAGCUCGACGCCAAAAGCAAGUACGUGCAUCUGUGCCGCGAGCUCAAAACUUACGGAGUCACGUUUUUCGUCGUCAAAGGUGUGUACUACUUCGAUUUCUGCGGCCUGGAGUGAUAACUCGAGCUCUAUUCUUUUCUUAAAACUAAAAAAAGUCUGUAACGACGACCGUUGGUGAAAAACUGAGCAUUCUAGUGGAAUGAGCAGAACAUUUGCAACAUCUUUAAAACAAAAAAACGUGGUGUUUGAAGGCUUCGAUAGCCUGAAUUGACAUAAAAAAGGUUAGUUAGAGAAUUCCUACGGACACUGAAUUAGAAAAUGAAACAAGAACAUUCUUAUUCAAAAACUUUGAGCUCUUGAACAAUGUGUGUUCGUUUGACCUCAAGUCUCCCGCCAAAAGCAUUGUCGCGUACGUAACAAGUCACCUUUGUCUACCCAUAUCGUCUUUCAAGUCGGAAAGAAUCGAUCACAGGAAGCUCAGAAAAUGAAGUCGAAGCUACGUACAAUUGUGUAUUCACUUAACAUAUUCAUUAAAAAAAAUAACGGAAAACGUUUAGUUGAAAAAAGAAAAGUUGAGCGUUUCUCGCAUUGUCUGUGGAUCCCUUUGCUCCAAAGCUUCUAAGUUGAACUCACGAAACCUUCAGUAGGCCUUUUGAUUGGGGGUCUUGUGGCGCGGCACUGCGAAUUGAAUAUUCGCCGCCAUCUGCUGCAAAACUAGACACACACACACACAAGUGAUUUGCUGAAAAGAGGGAACGCGACGUUAAAGCGUUUAGAGAAGAUGCCUGGCAAGAACAAAUUGGUGCCGCGGCUGCUCGGCGUUAACAAGGAGAGCGUGAUGCGAGUCGACGAGAAGACCAAGGAAAUCCUGAAGGAGUGGCCUCUAGAGCAGGUCCGCCGAUGGGCUUCCUCCGGAAAGACUUUCAACCUGGCGAGUACUUUUUUUGGGUUUGGGGAAAAAAUGUGCAAGUUCUACGUAAUCUCUUCCACUUUCCUCAAAUCAAUCAUAUACUUUGCUUGCUCCAGCUUGGAAAGCUUUGUUCGCACGGGCAACGGCUACGAAACGGUUGCUUUCAAAAUGUCCGACCGGAAACGAGUUGUGGCGUCGUCUGAAGUGGACGCUUUGAGCCAAUCUACGUGUGAUCACGGUUUUUGAAGCUGGAGGAAAUAAGGAAAAUGUAAACAUGUUUUAAAUUGAAGAAAAAAAAAUAAUUGAAUGAUUUUUUUUUUCGCUUUUUUCAAACAAAAUCCUUUGACUUAAUUUUUUCUGAAGCUUUCUUUUUUGAUGAGAAGAGAGAAGGAGAGAAGGAGCCGCCUCGAACCAAAGUUUGACAUAUUGCAGGAUUUCGGAGAUUACCAAGACGGCUAUUACUCGGUGCAGACGUCGGACGGCGAGAAGAUCGGCCAGCUGAUUGGCGGCUACAUCGACAUAAUCCUCAAGAAGAAACGCACCCGCGACCACCAAGGAAUCGAAGGAGACGAGGGCUCGACCAUGCUCGAGGAUGUCGUCGCGCCGGCAAAGGCCACAUUGGUGCGUCGCUCCGCGAGGAUCAUUUGAGUGAUCCCUUGAGUUGUCCCAAGGGGCCUUUUAAAAUGCCAUCUGUUUGCAAAAGAGGCUCUCCUACUUGGUCUGAGAAGCCACUUGAACAAGCAUCCAAGUGGCUAAGAAUGCUUACAAGACAGUGGUAAUAAGAAAUAUGGCUUCUCUAGAAGACCUUAAGUGAACACUCUGAAAUUUCAUGGAGGGUUCCUUACGAUGACCAUUGAAUAGGGACUUCAUCAAUAAAAAAUUUUCAUUAAAGUUGCUACUCGGCUUAAGAACAAAAUUAUCGAAAGAAAUUCUUGUCUUUAUAAGUAUUAUCAAGUUUUUCUAAAACUUUUUCCAAUUAAAAUUAGCUUUGAGACAUGUUGUGACACUAUCAACCGAAUAAAAGUUCAAUGUGAGUCCGAUCCGUUUCCAAAAACUUUAGGUCAAUGUCGCGAAUGUGUGACGCGUGAAAGUUGUUUUCAGAGCAACAAACAAAACGCGCCAAAAAGGCAUUCUGUUUUGGGAUUUCGAUAUAAAGUUUUUCGAACGAUUUUUGCAAUCAAUCUCUAUUUAUAUAAUUGAACUUUUAAAGAAUCAAACAAUUAUUUUUAUUCGCUUAACCUGAAAUAUCACGGGAAGGACUCUAUAAACAGGAAUUUCAAACUAGAUUUUUUAAACUCUCAUUUUUUCCGACCCUAACAGAACUUAUCGAAUUUUCGCUGUUGAAAAGUGAACCCUGGACUCGAUGUUUUCCUGCAUGAUUAAAGACUGUUACUAAGUGACAUUUCCAACGCAAUGAUUCGAAACUUUUCAGGUAGCUCACGGACAAAUUGGCGCUGGCCAACGACAGCAAGACCAUGCGGUUGCAGUGCGCGGCGUUCUGCGGACACCGCAGGGCCACCAGGGCUACGGCAUCAACGGAGCACAAUACGGAGCCGUCAGCGGAGAAGUCACCUCUCAGCACAUGGCCAGAGUGAGUUCAGAAGAGAAAAAAGCUCGAGGACAUUGAAAAUGAUUUCCAGCGCCGGCACCUUCAGUAAGACGAAUUUUUAUGUUUUGUGUACCGUUCCAAUAGAUCUUUAGAGCUUUUGUUGAAAGUCAUUUAAGUUGGCUUGCUUCUGGCUACUGAAGUUUAUUUCACGGUUUUUUGAAAAGCUAUUAUGGGCAACUGUUCUUGUGCUUUCUGAAUUUUCUAUAAUAGGUAUAACAAACGGGGAAAUUUUUUUUUAAAACGAGAGAGAAUCUAGGAGUUCGUCAGAGCCAGUAAUUUAAUGAAUACAAUCUGUUAAAGGAAUUGAUAUGUCUUCCGUGCAAACAUGUAGGAACUGCGUAUAUUUUUCGAAGAAUGCGUCAUUUAGUUCGAAGUGGAAAAAUUUUACCAGAGAACUUUAACAAUAAGAAGCCUUUUUUGGUUUUUGAGCGUUCUUGUCCCGCUUCAAUUAUGUCAAGUAGUAUCCUUUAGCUUUGCAUUGUGAGACAGCCCAACGACUCGGAGAGAAACUUAUUUCGAACGAAAUGAAAGAAGAUUCAAUCGGUUUGCAGGCACAACGAAUGAUGAUCAGCGACAUGCACGAACACCCGCAGCGAGCCUUGAUAGGCACCAUCGAGGCGACGAUCCGCGCGAUCGACGAAGCCGAAGAAGAGCUGCAGGCGGAGCCGUACAUCGAACUGCCCAAGUUCAAGGACGAGCACAGCGCCCACCGCUGGGUCGACGAGCAGAUGGCGGUCAACAAGGAGAACGUCAACGAGCGGCUGGCUGCCAUGGGAGCCGCCACUGCACAAGUGAGCGUCGUCCAUCUUCUUCCCAAACGAUUUGCCAUCCAUCUAUUCCGUUUUUCGCUUGCUUACACACACGGGUCGCGAUAGUACCAGUAGUCUAUCGAAGGGUUUUGAGAAUAGCGUUGGUACCGCGAGAUACCUUGCAACAAAAACAUGAAAAGCCAAUAGACUCGCGGUAUACCACUCAGCACUAUCGGUACAGCCCCGAUAGUGCUGAAGUGUAUACCGCAGGUAUGACGAUGAAAAUCUAUAUUAUUAUACCAUCCGGAUCCAUUUUGAGGUAUGUCCUCGGUAUACUUUUGUUGUCUGAUCCCGAAUCGUCUAUGUAGGGCAAAUAUUCUUACAAGACUUCUCCUCUCACAAACUUUCUUUUCCAAUGAUGAGGCGAAAUUCUCAAAUAUUGUCUCAUGAUAGCGCCGAAUGAAGGUCAAAAAUUUAAUAGAAACUAAAGUCUUCAAAACCUAAGUUCAGUUAAAUAAUUAUUUAGAAAAGUGCGUAAAAACGGAGGAUCUAAAAAAACAAGUAAUUUCCCUGACUUUCGUUUUUUUCGUUUUAUUAUCUUUUCCUUUGUUUAUCAUUAAGACGCUCUCUUAUCAGUUUUGUAAGGUUUGUUUCCUUACGCUGUUCUUCGAUACUUUUUUUUAUCAUUUUUUUUGUGCCCAAUGAUUGCAAUUUUUGAAAAUUUGACGUAUUUGAGCCAUUUUCUCACAUUUUUUUAAAAUAAGUUUUUCGAAUCCUCUCAAAAACAGUCUGGUAUCAGGUUGUGCAAUGGACGGCGACUCAAGAACAGGACGAGUACGACGAUCGCGUCGGAACCGCGAUAGCGACCAUCGGAUCCAACUUGCCCGACGUCAGUCGCAACGUUCGCGACUUCUCUGCGAUGAUGUCGCAGGAAUCGAGGUCUGAAUAGCUUUUUUCUUCCUUGAUAUAAUCAUAUAUUUUGCAGAGGAGAUCUGAUGGAAGCGACUCGACGUCUGUGCGGAGCUUUCAGCGACUUCAUGACGGCGGUGAACCCGGAGCACGAGGAGAAGCGAACCAAAGUUUUUGCGGCGGCUGGCCGCGUCGGCGACUUCUCGCAGCAGGUCAUCAACAACAUGGAGGAGCGAACCGAGUACCAGCAAUCGUUCGACGAAACGUUCAUGCAGCGCGCCAAGCACAUCGCCACCUCAACUGCCCAAUUAGUCCUUUGGUAGGAGGAUUUUGCUUUUGUUUUGACCCUCUCACGAAAAACUCUUUCUCUUCUUCUUUCGCUUCUCCUUCUUCGUCGACGUCGCCCAAUUUGUGUCCCUGAUUGGCUGUCUCGGGAUCGAAUGCAGUCAGAUUUUCCUUUCGCGAGAGAUGACAAACUUUACCAAGCUAUAAGAAAAACGUUAUAACAGAUCAUCUAGAAAACAUAUUACCAAAGCGAAAAAUCAAAUUAUUUCUUAAAACGCGUACUUCCUUUAAUAUUAAAAGUUUAAAAAAAGGUAUUUGAACCGAAAAUAGUCAACAAGUCAAAAGUUUUUUUAUAAAAUCCCCUUGAAAGGAAAUUUCAAACUAAAUUUUUGAAAGAGCAAAAUUAGUAAGUAUUACUCCAAAUAACCUGGACACACCCGUGCUUCUCGGUUUUUCAAGAUUUUUCACUAAUCUUGCCAAGAACAUACUCGUAAAAAUUGACUGAUUUUAGCUGAACUAUUGAGCAACUUUAUUACAAUUAAUUACUUCAAAAACAUGAAUCCAUACGUGAUUUACGCGUUUCACGCUUUAAAUUGAAAUGAACUGAUAUUUUCUAUUUAGGCGCAGCUCUCUGUGCGUUUGGUAAGCUUGGUGAAUCUCGUACGCCUCAUCGCAUUUGUCUUGAUUGGCCUGAAAGGCCCAAGAAAGCGGAAAGGAGGUGUUUAGUAGUAGUGGAAGCGAAGGACGGCGGCGGUUGGCCAGAUUUAGGCGGCUCCGUUAUGUCCCUUGCGAGCCAUCUGUAAGCUCGGCCGUGGAGGUCCUUGGAGAGCUCGACCGAAACCAGCCAAUGAUGGAUGGGUAUGUAAAUGUCUCCCUUCACGUCUCGUGCCACUCUUACCACGGCUUCGCCUCCCAUGGGUGUUUCGGCGAGCAGUGCGGCGGGAAAAGAGCACGCGCAAACGGGAGCGUCGUCGUCGUUCUCGUCGAACCACGUACAUCUGUCCUAGGCGAAAACGGAGUGGGCGUGGCUUUCGCUCCCUUUCAGAAACUGCCUCCUCCGCCUCUUCCGUUCUUACUCUUUUACUCGUAGUAGUCUCGAGGGCAGCGGCAGCGGCUUGUUCCCGAGCCCAGUUAUUCCUAUGUUUAGAGCUUUUGAAGUUCAUGUUGUUCUUUGCCUUUGCUUUCGUGUUUACUCUAUUCGCCAGGACCACCACGCAGGAUGGCGAAGUAGAGUUGCAGCUCCGAAACUGCGGUCAAAUUCAAAGCUGUUACUUUCGAAUUUUUCCAAAUUCUCUUUGAAUUUUCUUCGUAAGUCUCAGACUCACUCAGCCUUCGUGACUUGAAAUAAGAAAGACAAAUCACACAGUCUCCAAGUUCGCGAUAUUCUUCCAGUUUUUGGUUCUCUUCAUGCGCCAAGAGUCCAAACCGCUAAGCCUGUUUUCCGACUCACUGGGAAAAUUGGAAGUUAUGAACCCCAAGGCCUUUGAGAACCCCCAGUGGCGGCCCUCUCGAUGCCGGAGUCUGACAUCGCUAAAAGCGGUUAACUGUCUUCUCUACAAUUUUUCGUCUUUCAUCAGCAUGUUAGAGUAUUGGAAAUAGCGUUGAGAAAAGUCAUAAUCACAGAAGACAUUUAAAAGCCUGAACGCAACAUUUUUACGUGAACAUUAUUUUUCUUCAUUAUGACUUUUUUUCGUCGUUUAUGACUGGAAGCCGUUUUCCACUGCCUGUUUCCGAGUGUGAAACCUGUUUUGUGUCAGUGAAUUUUCGACCUUCUAAGCCGCGCGCCGACAUCAUCGUUAUCUUGUCACCCCAACGCUACCGUCAUCAAGCUGAAAAAAGGCAACAAACGACGCCGAAAAAUGGAUUGGAAUGGGAGGCGGAAUUCUUUGAAAGCCUCGCCUUCGGUGCGUUUUCCACAGUCCGCUUCUCCUAAGUCCAUCCAGCCGCCUAAUGUCCUCGUCGCCUGCGGUUCCUAGACGCAGAAAACUUGUCAGCGACGUCCAAAUAUUCAACUAUUAUCCGUGUAGCACGCCAAUCAAGCACCCGUGUCGACUCAAAAAGUCUGUAAUUCAUCUAUUUUUUUCAAUUUCGAAGCAAUUAUGAUGUUUGAACCAUUAUCUGUAAUCGUCAUAACACAGAGAUUUCCUUGAGAACUUUCGAGAUAUUGAGAGCUUCUUUUCAGUGCCAAAACCAUCUCGGCGGAAUGCGACGAGGAUCAGAAGGAGACUGUGGUGCGGUCGGCGACCGACUGUGCCUACGCGACGUCGCAGCUUGUGGCUUGCGCGCGAGUCGUCGCACCGACAAUCGAGAACCCGGCCUGUCAGCAGCAACUCACCUCUGCCGCCACUCAGGUAUCGUCCUAAAAAAAAUUAUAAUAAAUUCAAAAGUUUUUAUUUUCGAACGUUUUUUGAAUUACAGAGCGAUUUGAAAAACCAAUAAUAAUGCAUGAAAGCUUCAAAGUUCGAAUACUUGAAGUUUUUUUCCACUCGAUCUUGUUUCGAAAGAGCUUUGGUAGUUUAUUAAUUCAAAAGGAAUAUCUCAACUUUUUCCAAAUUUGAAUUUCAACAUUUUUUUGCAAUGAAAAAAAUUUUUUUUUAUUUACACCUUGUAAGCUUGACCUUGUAAGAUUGAUUAAUCAUAAAUAUUAGGUAAUUUUCAUGAAAUAAUUGAACUCGACUAACAGCCAUGUUUUUUUUCUUUGCAGGUGUCACAUAACGUGCAGAAGCUGAUCUACGAAGCGGAUUCGGUGCGGCAACCAAGGCAAGAAUCGCUGCGAGACAUCCACAGCGCUGCGCGACAGGUCAGGAAAAAAAAAAUAUUGAGGUCAUUUGUGUGCCUUCAACGAGAAGAAGCUAUAGGAGGGGGAGGGGGAGAGGAAGAUGGAAAAGCUUUUGAAAGAGCGAGCCCGGCGGCCUCCCGAAAAGGAAAGGAUAAUUGAAGGUGACGAACGCGUUGGAUAGCCUACUCGAGUAUGCCAAGACGAGUCCGAAGACGACGACGACGAGCAGAACCGAGGAAGAGGAGGAGUACAACCAAGUCCUCCGUCGCACCAAUCGCAUGAUCGCCCAUCAGGUAAACAACUUCUCCGAGAAUAUCUUUGGAUUCAUUUCAACUUUAAAAGUACCUACUGUAAUCGAGGUCUCUCCCUACCAUUUGGAGGACUUGCGAAUGCGGGAAAAAAUAACUUAUAUUCUGAAAUCGGUAGUUUCAAAGAUGAAAAGCCAUAUUCAGACUGUAAAGAUCGGAAAAUGCAGUAUUUUCAUGAAUAAUCAAUCAUUUAUUUUGUUGUUUUGGUCGUAGAUGUAACUUUACAACAAGAACUUUUCAAGCAAUAACGAACAACCGCCUUUGGCGAACUAGAAGUUCAAACGUCUAAUCUAAAGAGUUGAAAGAAUAGUUCCUCGGAAUAUGAGCAACAUCUUCAAGGGAAGGUUUUACACGGAAUCUUCACUGAAUGUAAAGAAAAAAUUUUUUUGCGUCUUUCAGCUCGAAAAUGUUUGCCAAAUUUGAUUUUUAGCUGUAAAUGUUAACGUUUUCUAAAGAUCAAACAGAAAGUAACUAAAAUAGGUUCAACUAUAGUUUCAAAGUAGUAGUAUACUUUGAAACGCAGCUUCAAUAUAAAAAAAAGAAUAGAUGAAGGUUUUUGGGAGAAAGAGGAAAAGAGUGCCAGGCCAUAUACGUCAAAAGUCAUCUCCGUACGACAAGAUUAUUGGCAGGGCCCGAGCGAAGACUUGACUCGCGAGGCGAAAAAAGUGAUUCGUCACAGCCAAAUCCUGAUGGAGCAGUUCGAGCACGAGGCGACACAGCGGCCAGAACAGCGCGACCGACUUCUCGACGCCGCGAGAAGAGUCGCCACCGCCACUUCCGACAUGAUCGACGCCACUAGAGUUCGUUUUGGGCGUUUGAUUGAGAAUAAUUGGAUACUUGCUCUGAAUUUCACUGUAAUAACUUUGAACGAGAGGUAACAGUAAUAAUUUACUUUUUGGAGAACAACCAGUUCUGAAAAGUUCAGCAAAAUCCCAACCGCAAAGUAGAAUAAAAAUCACCCUCAUUAUAGGGUAGAUCUUAAAUGAUAAAGAGGUAAUUCAAAAAUUUAUUAUAUAUUUUUUUCAAAUUCAGUGGCAUAAUUAUUCAAACAUCUUCGGUUCGAAAAAAUGUAUGAAUGUUCGAAGCUUUUAUGAAGAUCCUCACCAAGUUUUUUCCACACGAAAACCAUGUUUUUUUUUCCAGGAUUGCGAGUCGCGACCAACGGAAGCCGAAUCGGAAAUGGCCCUUCGAACGGCGGCUGAAAAACUGGCCCGAGUGACGACGGAAACCACGAGCGACCAGCAGGAAAAGCAUAUCAUGCAGCGGUUGGAGCAGGCCGCCAAGCAGACCACCUACGACGCCACGCAGACCAUCGCAGCCGCCAACGCCGCCAAGGUCGGUCUUCCUCCGGAAUGGACUGGGAAUGUUGGAUUGGACUCUGUGAUAUGCAUUGGAAUUGGGCUGGAGAGGAUUCUGUAAAAAAAAAAAACCUGACAAAUUUCUCAUUUUUCGAUACUAUUAAUUGUUGAAAACUAACUACUAAUUUCGUAUUCAUCCGGAAAAAUUUUCAUAGAAACUUUCAAGCGAUGUUAAGAGGCGCUGGACCGAGGCGAUUUUCUGUUUUUCAAAUCCUUGAAAGCCUCAGCGUUGUCUGAAAAUUUGGGAUGAAGAUGGAGAAAAGUCAAUUGAAACUUUGAGAACUUGGCAAGAUUCAAGCCUAUCCAGUACGAUUUCAAUGUACCCCAAACUUGAAUUCUUGAUGAAACAUGUUGGAAAUGGGUUCUCAAGAAACUUCGCGCAAAAAUCAAAAUGAAAUAGAGGCAAAGGGCAGGCACUUCCACAGACACACAAACAUUGCACUGAUUUGGUUCAGGAGGCCCGAAAACGAACGGAAACAACUGAGCAACUUCUAGUUGAUGACACUCACACAAUUCUUCGCAUUCGUUGAUUUCCCUGAUUGCUUCUUUUCUUUCGCCUUUUAGUCAAAUGACUUGAACAAAAACAAAAACCCAAACUGUGCAUAGAUCGAGUGCGGACAACUGCCUUUACAAUAUCCAUAAUGGACCAUAUCAGUACCGAGUCUGCCUUUAUCUUAAGCCUUUUCCAUCUUUCAAAUUUUGAUUUCAUGUAAAAAGAGAAUAAAUAUUAGUACUAUUCGGCUGGAAUUUGGGGGUGUCACCAAUUGUUUUUUGGAUGAGAGGAAGAAAGCUGAGUCACGCGGGAAAGGAAGUGUAAGUGAUAUGCCGUGGAGUUGUUCUUCCGUUAUAAAUUUUUUGCGUUGCCUGCCCUGUCCUCAUGCGAAGUUUUCAAUCAACUAAAUUUUUUUUCUAUUUUUGGUUCAUAAUCAGAGUUUCGAGUGGAGUACUAAUAAUCAUGUGUCUUCCAGACUUUUUGAAAAAUCGAAUGAAUUUUUUAUUUUUCAGGAAGUUGUCACGAAGCAGUCCAGCUGUGAGAAUUUGCUCUAUGAGUGUGCACAGACCGCGGAACACUUGCCGAGGUAAAUAGUCAAGAAAACAAGAACCUAUUUUCAAAUUUAAUUUAACAGUGAUUCCUAAGCUAAAAAGUUUUUGUUAUCGCACUCAUUAAGAGAAUUCAAAAAAAUGGAGUAUCUAUUGUUUGAUUUUUUAGACUGAUCACCUCGAUUCGCGAAAGCCAAAGCGCCAAAGAUCCGUCUUCGAGGUUCCGCGCCCAGAGUAGACUUAUCCGUGACUCACAGAAGGUGUUGACGCCAGCCACGCAGCUUGUCGACAGCUCCAGGAAUGCUGUCAGCGAGAUCAGUGAGGUCCACUUCGCCUCCGGCCUUUCCGACAGCUCUAACCGACUGGAUACGACACUGGCCGAGUUGCGGACUGCACUCAACGACGCCCAACAGCUGAACUUCUCCCAGCAGCUCAUCUACAGUGAGGAGCUGAUUCGUGAACUCGACCAGCAGCUCCUGGAAACCCAGCGCGGCCAGCGUAGCGUGCAGCCGCCAGCCGGUGCCACGGCAACAACAUCGACGAGCAAACUCAUGUCCAGCUCGAGGCACGUUGGAAGUGGCGUUGCUCAGCUCAUCUCCGCCGCUAGUUCUUCCGAUGAGCGACACAUCGGCUCUUCGGCCGUCGAGUUGGCCCAAAAUCUGAGGGGAUUCACCGACUCAGUGACGGAAGUCGUCGCCACUCGCACGGAUAUUCAGCUUGAAAAGUGAGGAAAAGCGUAAAUAUUCAUUGUUUCAGAUUUAAUUUGCGGUUUCUUGAGUUUUUAUUACAGCUAAUAUUACUGAAAAGGGCAGGUUAACAUUAUUCGUGAUCGUUUUAAUGUUUUGAGUUCGACACUGGGAAAAAUUUUUCCAUGAUAAGGACAUCAACUGACUCAAUUUAAAGAGCUUCAUAUACAUAAACUAUCUGUAUUUCCAUUCUAUUGCUCCAAGAGAUUUAUAACAAUGCUUUUUAAGGAUGAUAUAAUACUGUGGACGUUGAAAAAACCAGAAAGUUAAAAAUGAACGAUGAUAAGAAAAAAACCCAGACGAUGUCAUAAUUUUGAGAAAAUUAAUCGUAAAAUUUAAAUAUUGACCUAGAAGUUUACAAUUAGCGAUUUAUCCGAAAAUUCAUUUUUUUUUUCAGGCUUAUCGUCUGUGCCAGAUCAGUGGUACAUGAGUCUGGCCGCGUAUUCGACCGAGUCCGUGAAAAAGCGCCGCCGCCGGUUCUCGCUGACACCGCGAAGCAGGUCUCCACGAGCCUGAGACAAGUUAUUGCCUGUAUCCCCGACACGGAGCACAUCGAGAAGGCCAUCGCCAAGGUGCAGACCUCGAACGCCACGGCCAAUGUACAAGCCGUUGACCUGCGGACAGCUGCUUCGCGUCUCAUCGAGGCUACUUCUCAGCUCGUCGUCACCCUCGGCAUGCCCACCAAUAAACAAGCCGUCGAUGUUUUCGUUAACGCCUACACUGACAUGCACGCUUCUGUCAUCGCCGAAGUUCGACAACAACAACAGGCUCAAAACCGCAAGACAGUCGUCGAUAAGCUUGAGACAGUACAAAGAGAAGCUGUCUCCGUCCUGAGCAACCUGAGCCGCGCCAGCGUCCUAUCGGACACCACUUCCACCACACAGCUCACCAAACAAACCCGUCAUUUCGCUGGAAGCGUCAAUGAGCUCGUCGAACUUAUUGGCAUGGAGCAUCCGUGGGUCAGGGAGUGUGACGCGGCUCUCCGCCAAAUCCAAUCCGUUCGUCAUCUUUCCGAGAACGCGACUGUCCCACUCAAUAACGACUCUCACUUUGGCUCUCUCGACGCAGUCACGGAGCAUUCGAGGAAACUCGGCGCUGCCAUGACCAGCAUAGCGAGGAAUGCCAAGGCCAUGGACACGGCUGGCUUCUGCGCCAGUGUUAGGUCAGCCUUCUACGAUUUUCAAAAAUUUUUAUGUUUUCUCAUAUUGAACUGAUUUUCAACUUCCGAACCUUGUAUAAAUCGAAAAACUCUACUAGGAAAGCGUGAUGAUAUUUCGUCGAUCAAAACAGAAAUUGCAACUUUUUUUACUACCGAAGUCUUUUUAUCUUUUUUUUUUUGUUUCGCUCAGUCAGUUAGCUACUGAUGAAAUCAAAAAAAUCUCAAAGAUUCUAUCAAAAAAAUUUUCAGCGAAACACUGAUAAAAAAAUUUUUUUAAAUUUCUUCAAGCGUCAAGUUACAGCUACAGUAACCUUUUUCACGGUUAAAUAGUUUCUAAUAUUUUUUUCUUAAGGAACUCUUCCGAAGCGGUUUGUUCAUUGGCUGAAGCCGCAGCUCAGUCGGCCUAUCUGGUCGGCGUCUCCCAUCCGGAAAGCGUCGUUGGCAGAGCUGCGCUCAUCGACAUGACAACGGUCUCGAGGUCUGUGGCAGCUGUCAAGGAGGCUUGUGAAGCGAUCGAACGUGGACAACUCAGCCAAGAAGAACUACUAAAUGUAAUUUGAAAAAAAUCAUCGAAAAAGUUCAUCAAAGAAUAUCGUUUAGGCGACAACUUCGACGGCCAAACACACUUCUGCGAUCGCUCAGAUUUGCCGUAACGCCUCUGACGUCAGCAGCAACAUGAACGUCCGGAAACAUCUAGUUAACUCGACGCACGACCUCGCCUCCAAAACAGCAGCCCUGAUAGAGGCGGUCAAGCAAUUGGACAAUCGACGUACACCUGAAGCAGAAGCCGAGUGUGUCCGCACGAGUGCCGAAGUUCGCGUCGUGGCCGAACAACUCCAAUCGUUUGUGGACAAUCCCGAUUUCUCUCCGAUCCCGGCCAGAAUCAGCGACAGUGGACGCGAAGCACAGAUCCCUGUACUUGCAUCCAGUCGACAAAUGCUCGACGCAACCUCUCAAAUGAUCAGGACUGCCAAGGACUUGGCCGUCUCGCCCAUGGAUGCUACCAUCUGGCAGAGGGUGGCCGACAACAGCAAGCUGGUCAGCGAGUCUAUCAAAAAGCUUGUUGAAUCGAUUCGUGAUGCGGCUCCUGGUCAAGUCGAAAUCGAACGUGUCAUUCAGCUACUGCAUCAGUUGAUUGGAGACGUCGAAAGGAGCGCAAUGGACGCCUAUCAGCAUACAAACGGUGUGACAAGGAACCCGGCCGCCGAGAAGCAACUACAUCAGCAAAUCCAGCACAUCACGAACGCUCUCAUCGAAGAGGUCGACCCUCUGAGAACUGCAGCUGUCGCACACGGAGAGCACCUUCCUCACAGUGUUGAACUUCACUGGCAGCUGACGGCUGAUCUUGCCAACUCGGCUUGUGCAGCUGCAACUCUCACGGCCAACAGCAACCAACAGAAUGAUUUGUUCGAGAAAUGCCGAACCGUUGUUGAGGCUCAGCUCCAGAUGAUGCUUGCCUGUCGUGAUUCAGGCGGCAAUCCUAAUGCCGUCCACGCCCACUCACAAGUUGACGAUGCCACGGUGCAGUUGAAACACGCUCUUGGAGAUAUGAGAGCGACUUUGGCGAAGAUUGGCAACGAACAAGGUGUCGUACAAGGCAUGGUCGACACGAUUUCUACGUCUAUUGCGAGCACAGACCACACCGUCUCAUCUCAAGGAUCCUUCGCUGAUUCUCAGACCCGCAUGACGGCCUACCUUGAAGAUAUUCGGCGGACCGCUGAGCAAAUGCCAUCCUCUAACACUCAAUCUCUUGGUGGUCUGUCACUCAAUCUCAGCGAAAAGUACCGUCUUCUAGCCAGCGACACCAGACAAGCCGUCGGAAUGCUCCCGUCAGCCAAUAUUGCUCAGAAGUUCAAAGUUUCUGUCCAAAAGUUGGGAACAGGAUGCAUUGAUGCCGUCAAAGUGGCUGGGCAACGAAGAGCGCAUCCAGACGAUGAACGUAUCAACCGAGAGCUUAACGUCCAAUGCAACGUCGUCAUCGAACGCGUCUACCAGGUCUUGGCGGCGUUGCAUGAGGCUUCUCGUGGAACGCAGGCUUGCAUCAACGCAGCCAACACGGUUAGCGGAAUUAUCGGCGAUUUGGAAACGACGAUUCUCUUUGCCAGCAGUGGUACUCUCAACACUAGUGAUCAACCAAAAUCAUUUUCUACUCAUCGGGAUAUCAUCUUGAAAACGGCCAAGGCCCUUGUGGAAGACACGAAGGCACUCGUCGCUGGCGCUGCUUCCAACCAGGAACAGUUAGCUGUGGCCGCACAAAACGCCGUUCGAACUAUCGUCAACCUCUCGGACGCAGUCAAAAAUGGGGCUGGAAGCAUGAGUGGAGAGAACUCAGAAGCUCAGAUUUUUGUGAUCCAUGCCGUUCGUGACGUCGCCGCUGCACUGGCCUCUCUGAUUCAAGCCACCAAGAACGCUUCUGGUCGAUCGCUUCAACACCCUGCGAUGGGACAACUUAAGGAUGCUGCCAAGGUCAUGGUAUCCAAUGUAACAGGCCUCUUGAAAACUGUGAAAAGCGUCGAAGACAAGCAACAGCAAGGAACGCGAGCCCUCGAAGCAGCCGUCGACGCCGUCACAUUUGAGAUCCGACAGUUUGAUGCGGACGUCAGUGAGGGUACUUCGUACGCGACAGAAUCUAGACCCGAGUAUCUUGCGACCGCAGCGGAACAAAUAUCUCAGGCGACGCAGAAACUCACGUUCGCUGGAAACUCGAUGCAACAAGACGACGUGAUUGCAGCUGGAAACUCGGCGAGAUCGGCUGUCAGAAGCCUUCUUGCAGUGUCUAGAGCCAUCGCAAGCGACGUUGAUACUCCAGAAAGCCGUUAUCGGAUACUGGACGGUGGUCGUGACGUCGCUAAUCAGAUGAAAUGCCUUCUCGUGGCCCUCCACGCUCAGUUCACACGUUCGCCAACCGAAGAAUCCAAACAAGUUCUGAUCGAAGCCUCGCGUGCCGUCUCGAAGGCUCUUCGUGAUCUGAUCAACGCCUGUGAACUUGGACCUCACGAAGGGUGGAACGACGCCGAAUCUACGGCCCAGGCUGAGAGCGAACUCCUUGGUGCUGCGUCUUCGAUUGAAGCGGCUUCUCUGAAACUUGCCGAGCUCAGGCCUCGAGUAUCGCAAACUGCAGAGGUAAGAUCAUUUGAUCAGGUUCUUGCUUCUUUUUCUCCACAUCCCUCCCACACACCAUGCUGCCUGAGCUAUGAUAUGUCUGGUAUUCUUGGGUUCAAGCGGGAACCGGACAUAUUAGACAUAUCGAAGGUCGGGUCAGCCAUUUUUCCCCUUCGAGUCAUUGCGACCUUUUUUUUCAUAAACUACUCGACUUGAACAGUUCUAUGACUUUUAGAAUGGGGGCGCUGAUGGCGAAGGAUUCGAUGAAAAGAUAUUGUCAGCGGCGAAAUCGAUAACUUCUGCUGUACAAACUCUUGUCAAAGCAGCUUCCAACGCACAGAGAGAGCUGAUUGCCCAAGGUGAGAGGAUAAACGCGCAAAAACGAGAUUAGAUCAGAGAGCUUGGGAAUUUUAAUCAUGAAAAAGAACGAGAAAGAAAAAGAUUCGAAAAAAAGAUUUUUGAAUAAAUAACUUUUUUUAGAUGAUUAAUAAAUCACUUAAUAAGAUUACUGGGUGAAUUAACUAGAAAAUAGUAAACGAUACACAAUUUUUGUUUUUGAUGAAUGAGAGAAGAAACAGAACCAUAAUAAGUUGAUGGUUACGGCACAAACUGAAUGAAAUCUCGACCAAUUGUUCAGCUUGUUCCGAGAUUGACAAAAAUCUAACUUCUUAUCUUUCUCAAUUGAAAAGUUAUAUCGCAGAAACUUAUAUUAGGCUGUAACUUUUUCUCUUAUUUUUUUUUUCGAUUUCCCUCUUUUCAUGGCAAUGUUCAAAAAAACGUCUUGAAACAGUACGAAGUUGUGAAUUCCUACAAUUUGUGUUUGAUCUCAAAGCAUAUUCCUUUCUGGUCAAUGUUUUAUAAAGAGCAAGUACACACUGUGGUUGUAUGAAAAUAUUGCUUUUCAGCAAUCAUUAACAAUUUUCCUUUUCGAACUUUCCAUGAGAGCGACUCACGGAGCUAACUCUCCUAGAAGACGUUUUUUCACUUUCUUGGAAAAGGUUUCUAACCGACUGGUUAUUCAGGACGAUUGGAUGUGACAACGGCGAACAGCAGCGACUAUCAGUGGUCAGAAGGCCUGGUGAGCGCGGCACGACUCGUCGCCGCCGCCGUUCAGCAACUGUGCGAGGCGGCCAACGCCCUCGUGCAAGGACACGCCAGCGAGGAAAAGCUCAUUUCGGCGGCCAAGCAGGUCGCCUCUACCACCGCCCAGCUCAUGCUCGCUUGCAACGUCAAGGCCGACAUGGAGAGUCAGGCCAGGAAGCGUCUUCAGGUCGCUGGACAAGCUGUCAAGGUACUUUCUCUACUUUUGUUUUCUGCUCAGUUGAUCCGACUGAGGUUUUUUUCUCAGUCCUCCUUAUCGUUUUAACAAAAUGAAGUAAUGAAAAUUGACAAUAAAUGAAUUUGAAAAAUAUUUUUAGCAGGCUUCAAAAUUUUCCAGCAGCUUUUCAUGAUUUUUCAGUGAAGUUUCAAAAUUUCGGCAAACAUAUGAAAAUAAGGAAUAGAAAUAAUGCGUAUGAGAAUAAAAAUAAAAAAGAAGACAUCAACACGUUCACUGGCUAAUUAUUUACCUGUUUAAGUAUUGAACAAAUUUUUGCCAUGAAAAUGGUUUUGAUGAGCGUUUUCACAAUUUUUCUAUUUUACCUCUUUUUAUAUUAGUCAUGAAAAAAUCAAAAACAACGGAUUUUUUUGAGUUGAGUAGUGUCUAAAAGUGUGUCCAAAUUUUUGAGAACCUUAGAAAGCAACUCAUAAUAACUUUUUUUUUCGAUCAUUUGCUCUUUUAAACAAGCCACUUUGAACAGUCUGAACCCCGCAUACGCUAACCCAUUUUUAUUUUUUGUUUUUUUUUUUCAAAAAUGAAUUUUUUCUAGAACGCAACUGAACGACUUGUGGCCAACGCAAAGCAGAUCGUCUCCCGAGACGAUCGUAACAUUGUUAUUUCUGAACGGCUCGUGAGCGGCAUCGCUCAGGUCAUGGACGCCCAGGAGCAGGUUCUACGGAAAGAGAAGGAGCUGGUCGACGCUCGGGAACGGCUAGCACACCUUCAUAAAGCUCGCUAUGAGCGAGUUUCCCCUAGCGAGUAG